AUGACUGAACUACACUUCUGGACUGAAAUCUUCCAGAAUAAAGAGCUGAAGCGAGAUGUUCGGCGACGCAGGAAAACACCUCAGUUCAUGAUGGAGCUUUAUGAGGCGCUCGCGGACAGCAAUCAGAACAUGCUGGAAGGAAACAUUGUGAGAAGUUUUGAAGCACAGUCCAGCGGCUCCUACCACUUCUUCAACCUGACGUCAUUCAGACUGGAGGAGCAUGUGACCAAAGCUGAAUUUCGAUGGUUUCACCAUAAAAAGCCUUUCAUGGGACGUCAUCAUUUUUACAAAGUUGAGCUGUAUGAAGUGCUGGACACCGGACCUGAACUUCCGCGUGGAAAUGUGAUGGGCUCAAGAUUAUUACCAGUCUAUACUAAAGGAUGGGAAGUGUUCAACAUCACACGAAUGGUUACUAAAUGGAUUUUUAACAAUGGCGCAAAUAACAGUAUCCUAGUUGUGGCGGCUUUACCUUCAAGUAACGGGUUUGGAUCCAGCAUUCAGAUGGACAGGCAUUCAGUGGAGACGAAUGCAUAUUUGGUUAUAUAUUCAGAUGAUGAACGAAAGCACUACCAACACCCUCCUUUCCACACAGGGCAUACUAUCAACAUAUCCCAUAGUUUCCUCAAACCCAUGGAAGGUUUAGUGCAGUCAACACUGCGCCGCCGCAGGAGUUUGCGCACAUUAUCAUCUACAUGCCACAGAACAAACCUCUAUGUAGACUUCGCUAAAAUAGGCUGGUCUGGAUGGAUCAUCUCACCCAGAGGAUACAACGCAUACAGCUGCACAGGUUCCUGUCUGUUUCCACUGGAUCGAAGUCUACGCGCUACGAACCACGCGACAGUGAGAUCCAUCAUGAAUGUGCUAAAACUACCGCAGGAGGCCGGAAAACCGUGUUGCGUUCCUGAUGCACUUCACCCUAUCAGCAUCCUGUACUUCGACGAGGAAGAAAACGUGGUUCUAAAACAUUAUAAAGACAUGGUUGCAAGCAGUUGUGGCUGUCAUUAA